AUGGAACCACCACAACCCAACAUGCUGGCGCCACCGGCCGUGACCUCUCUUCGGGCACAGGCCGGCGUCAUGGAACGAUCUUUGAGCGAAGAUAUCCGAGAGGAACGAGAAGAACUACGUGAAGCUGCCGAGCAGACUCUCAACGUCAUUCUCGACCUCAACCUCGACGGCACUAUUCGAUGGGUCAGCCCGUCAUGGACCGAUGUGAUAGGCACUCUGCCCGACUCGGUCAAAGGGACUGCGAUAGCCGACCUAAUCGUGAGCGAGAACAAGACGGCAUUUGCGGAUACCGUGGAGUACAUGAAGAAGGACGACUCGCGGAGCCAUAGAGUACGCUUCGCCGUCGCAAUGGGUCCGUUAUCCAGGUUGCUACCCAUCGAAGGCCUUCAAGACCAGGAGCCCAAUGAGGCCGACGAAGGGGCUCCCGAGGCAAUUGAUCUGGAAGCCCAGGGCAUCAUGGUCUACGAUGGUGUGUCGGGGGGAGAGAGCCAUACAAUGUGGAUGAUCCGACCCUAUAUUGCACCCAGAGAGAUCAAAAUUGACCUCCCUGCUGUGAUCGUCGACUCUCUUGGGUCUGGUGCUGAAGUUCUCGCCAGCUAUCUUACGCAGCUAGCCGAGUCUGGCGUCGAUGACCCCGAAAACCACCCGCCGCCUUUGCCCGUUCUGUGUCGUAUUUGCGAGCGACAAAUUUCUCCUUGGUGGUUCGAAAAACACACCGACCUGUGUCUUCAGGAGCAUCGGGCAGAGAUGGACGUGCAGAUGGCGCAGGACAGUCUGACGGACCACCGACACUCCAUUGUGAAAGUCCUCGAUGCUCUUGAGGCGAGAAAAAGCCGGCCACUUACGGGCGACCAACUUUCUGGCCCGGCUGCUGAGUAUAAAGGCUUGCCAAUCGGUCCUCCUCUUUCAGCCUCGUCAUCCCCUGGGAGUUCCGUUUCGCAAUCGAGAGAGAGAUCAGGUGGUUUCGGUCAUUCCAGAGCUCGCUCUUUCGCCAUCAGACGUCCUCAAGCAAGGAUUGUCGAGCUGCUCCUUGACCUCUGCGAUACCGCCAUCGAAGUCAGCACUCCAGCGGUGAAGGAGGCUUCCUCGCAAAACCCCGGCGAGAUCAGGACGCAAUCUCCUCAGUCCGAGUCCCGCAUCUCACAAGUCAUGCAAUGGCAAUCGCCCAGUACCAAUACUUUGGAACAGGAACAGGGCCUGGCUCUGCUCUGCGCCGACACUGAAAAGGCCGCGAAAACCAAGGUUGAAGCAGUCUUCAGACACCGAAAAAUCAUCGAGUAUGCGGAGCGCAUUAGAAUUGAGUUCGCUGUUAUCGUCCAGGACUGCAUAGAUGAGGCAAUGCGGAAAGCAGCUCGAAUCGCAGCAGGUCGGCUGAGCGAUUCGACUGAAGACGAGGAAGAAGAGCAAGCUACACCGGCGCAGGAGGAGCUUUUCUUCCAGGGAUCAUUUGAAAAUCCUUCAGCCCUUGCAGCUGCUCUGCAAAACGUCAGCCUCAAUGACAACAACGACAGGCCAAGGCCUACCUCCUUUGUGGAAUCAGCGCGCUCAAGCAGCCCUAGAGAGUGCCCGACGCCAAGAUCGAAUUUGGGGGGGUUGAACCCAACUGCACCUGCCCAAGCAUCAUUCUGCCCGUCCUCAGCAGCCAUGUCAGAGUUUGUCAUGAAAGGUCCGCCAUCCCCUAGAAUGGCUGCCCACCAGCCUCCCCCUCAGGCAAGGCCAGCGCCCCCUUCCAUCAAAGAUUUCGAGAUCAUCAAGCCAAUCAGCAAAGGCGCUUUUGGCAGUGUCUACUUGUCCAAGAAGAAGUCAACUGGAGAAUACUUUGCCAUCAAGGUGUUGAAGAAGGCAGACAUGGUUGCUAAGAAUCAGGUGGGCAACGUCAAGGCCGAACGCGCCAUCAUGAUGUGGCAAGGCACCAGCGAAUUCGUCGCCAAGCUCUACUGGACCUUUUCCAGCAAAGAUUACCUCUAUCUCGUAAUGGAGUAUCUCAACGGUGGCGAUUGUGCAUCUCUAAUCAAGGUACUGGGUGGUCUUCCGGAAGACUGGGUGAAAAAAUACCUGGGUGAGGUGGUUCUUGGCGUGGAACACUUGCAUAGCCGGAGCAUCAUCCACCGCGAUCUCAAGCCAGACAAUUUGCUCAUUGACCAAAAGGGCCACUUGAAGCUCACAGAUUUCGGUCUAUCGCGCAUGGGUUUAGUUGGGCGACAGAAGCGAGCGCUGGAUAAUCAGAAUUCCGACCCCACGCCCGAUCUCCUCAAGCAGGGGCCAUUUGCCCGCUCAGCAUCUCUGGCAUCGUCUCGGUCAACCUCGCUUGACCUUCAUGGCCAUACUCACUCACCUAGCAUGACGCCGCAGAUGACACCUGACACUGGCUCCAGCGGGGGCCAGCCCUCAUACUUCGCCUUGGGAGGGCCGGAGGCCCGACGAGUCUCCAGCCACCGUAGCGAUAGCGGCGGCAGCGAAACCCUUGCCCGCAUGCUCAACAGCUUUUCCUUGACCGACCAAGAGCAUAAUGCCCCGGCCCGAAACGCACAGCCGACGCAGGAUGAUGCGAGUGAAAGCACCGGACAACCUUCGCCAGACAUGGCGGCACUCCAUCACACCAGCACUCAGUCCAGCAUUGACUACCUGGGAAAGAAUACUCCGCCGCAGUCUACGAUGAUGCCUCCGCCGAUGGCCCUGUUCGAUCCCGAAGACACCAAUCGCCGUUUCGUGGGGACACCCGACUACCUCGCCCCCGAGACUAUCAAGGGAGAGAAGCAAGACGAGACCAGUGAUUGGUGGUCUGUUGGCUGCAUCAUGUUUGAAUUCCUCUACGGAUUCCCGCCGUUCCAUGCCGACGAAGCUGAGCAAGUCUUUGAAAAUAUCCUCGCACGCAAAAUUCAGUGGCCAGAUGAGAACGAAUGCGAACCGAUCUCAGAUGAGGCGAAAGAUCUGAUCAACAAGCUGCUCUGUAUGGAGCCCCAGUCGCGCCUUGGAGCCAAUCGAGAGGAUAAGUUCCCUUGCGGUGGAGACGAGAUUCGCAGCCACUCUUGGUUUGAGGGUGUCAACUGGGAGACUUUAUUGGAAGACGAGGCUCAGUUCGUCCCUCAGCUCGAGCACCCCGAAGAUACUGAAUACUUCGACGCUCGUGGUGCCGUAUUGCAGUCUUUUGCCGAGGAGAUGGAGGAUCAGCUCUCGCCGCCAGUCUCUGGCGCAGGCUCUGACUACCAUGACCGGCCGCAUGACGCCUUGUCCAGGGUCCGAUCUCAAGUCAACUCGAUCAAACGCAACUUGAUGCCUCUCCACAUUCCUCCGCACGUUCGGGACUUGAAGAGUAGACGGCUUAGUGAGCCUGUAGUUGCCGAUGACUUUGGCAGCUUCGCUUUCAAGAAUCUUCCUGUGCUCGAGAAGGCCAACAAGGAUGUCAUUCAAAAACUCAGAGCAGAGGCAUUGGCAUCUCAAAACAAACCUACCGUCGUGAGUCCAGGCGGCAGUGUUACUUCGCCUGGCCCAGCUCUUGAGGGCAGCCCGGUACUUGCCAAUCCUAUUCAAAGAACAAUUUCCAACGCGAAGAACCGACCUCAAUCACCGUCCGGCCUCAGUCAUGCGGCCUCAUCCCCUAGCAGGGCAUCUCAGCCAUCGUCGCCACUACUAGUCUCGUUCGUCGCAGGUCAAGGGAGCGAAGGCCGGCGCAAGGCCUCCAGCAACUCCUCCAGCCUUUCGCAGCAGUCGAGCGCUCAUCAGCCUACGUCCCUCGACAUUCCCCGAGUUCCGCCGAGCCUUCAGAAGGCAGCAACCAGUGUAGCUGCUUCCCCCGUCAAGGGUCGUGGUGCUGCACCUCCACCGCCGCUGGCUCUCUCGCCGCAGAAAAUUGUGUCAACGCCCAGGCAGGCCUCAAGCAGCCGAUCGAGAUCUUUGACUGUUGGUUCGCAAUCCCAAGAGGGGAGCCCUAUUACCUCCGACGUUCUAUCGCACCACCGAAAUCGUCGCAGCCAGGUCUUCGACAUGUCACCUUCGUCUUCCGACAACGAAGGCGAAAAGCACAAUGCACUUCUCCGGGUGCAGCGUCGCCGCCAGAGUUCCCGUCGCCUUUCCCAAAUUGCUUUUGACGGGGGCCCGAUGUUCCGCCCACUGGAUGUCUUAAUCUGUGAAGAUCAUCCGGUCUCCCGCAUGGUCAUGGAAAAGCUAUUGGAGAAGUUGCGCUGCCGUACCAUUUCGGUAUCGAAUGGAUCAGAAGCUGUCAGAUACGCCAUGAGCGAGAUCAAAUUUGACAUCAUCUUCUUGGAGUAUAGGUUGCCUCAGAUCAAUGGCGCUGAUGUGGCCCGCAUGAUUCGGGAGACUAAGAACACGAACUCGCAUACGCCCAUCGUCGCAAUUACGGCAUAUCUCAAAGAGUUGCAGGCUCCGCAUUACUUUGAUUCGCUGAUUGAGAAGCCUAUUUCGAGUUCAAAGCUCACCGAAGUUCUCAAGAAUCUUUGUCAAUGGAAGCCGGAAUCGCCUGGCGUCAACUUCUCAAUGUCCCUUGGACACUCUCACCCUGUGCCCUCUGGCCUUCGUCAAACCAGCUCUCGAACAGACGACAGCCCGACAUCAAGUUCAUCGCUGUACGCUGGACGACCAGGUAGUAGUCUCAUCACUUCGCGUGAGGACUCCAUCAGCUCUAGUCUCUUUGGCGAUUCCGAGUCAGUGUCGACAGAUGAUGUGCCAGUGGUGAUCAGCAGAAAGGCCACUGGCGACUGGGACGAAGGAGGUCUGGGAAUCAGCCAGGAUGAAGUUAUCCAACCGGUCAAAUCACCAAAGUCACUGCCACAGCUCCCACAGCUAGUGACGCAACAGUCUGCUCCGGGUCAGCUGGAGCACACUCGACGAUCGGCACCGCCGCCUUCGGUAGAGAAGCUGAAAGCCCGGAAAGAGCACAUGGAGAAACGCCUUGCCGAGGGUACAGAUUCGGCUGACGAUGAGGACGAAGAGCUUGGCUCUGGCCGGGACAAGCUAUUCAGAGGCAAACCGCUACUGCCGAGCUCCAAGUUGGGAAUCGAAAUGAUGAGGGCCGAUAGCCAUGACAGUGUCACUUUUGGGUCUGAAAGUACGCCGGAGCCUGUCACACAAGUUGUGACGCCUUCCAAGGAAAUUGACAUGCCUUCGUACGAGGCUUUGCGAGCAGCAGCCACGCGUACGCCCCCGGAUAGUGGCGUAGGCUCAGAAGACAAGACAAUCGGUCCCGACGUUGACGAGACGCCGAAGCCGCUCCCGACAAACAGAGAGGACGCAGAUGAAGAGCCAACGCCCAAAUCUUUGGUGGAUCGAUCUGUGAUGUCGGACAACUAA